AUGGUUGUGGUGUGGUUGCGGUGUGGUUGUGGUGUGUUUGUGGUGUGGUUGUGGUGUGGUUGUGGUGUGGUUGCGGUGUGGUUGUGGUGUGUUUGUGGUGUGGUUGUGGUGUGGUUGUGGUGUGGUUGUGGUGUGGUUGUGGUGUGUUUGUGUUGUGGUUGCGAUGUGGUUGCGGUGUGGUUGUGGUGUGGUUCCGGUGUGGUUAUGUUGUGGUUGUGGUGUGGUGUGGUUGAGAUGUGGUUGUGGUGUGGUUGUGGAGUGGUUGCGGUGUGGUUGUGGUGUGGGCCCGGUGUGGUUAUGUUGUGGUUGUGGUGUGGUUGCGGUGUGGUUAUGGUGUGUUUGUUGUGUGGUUGUGGUGUGGUUGCGGUGUGGUUGUUGUGUGGUUGUGGUUGCGGUGUGUUUGUUGUGUGGUUGUGGUGUGUUUGUGGUGUGGUUGCGGUUGUGGUUGUUGUGUGGUUGCGGUGUGUUUGCGGUGUGGUUGUUGUGUGGUUAUGGUGUGGUUGUGGUGUGGUUGCGGUGUGGUUAUGGUGUGGUUGUGGUUGUUGUGUGGUUAUGGGGUGUUUGUGGUGUGGUUGUGGUGUGGUUAUGGUGUGGUUGUGUUGUGGUUGUGGUGUGGUUAUGGUGUGGUUGUGGUUGUUGUGUGGUUAUGGGGUGGUUGUGGUGUGGUUAUGGUGUGGUUGUGGUUGUUGUGUGGUUAUGGGGUGUUUGUGGUUGUGGUGUGAUUGUGGUGUGGUUGUGGUGUGGUUGUGUUUGUGGUGUGGUUGUGGUGUGGUUUUGGUGUGUUUGUGGUGUGGUUGCGGUGUGGUUGUGGUUGUGUUUGUGGUGUGGUUGUGUUUGUGGUGUGGUUGUGGUUGUGUUUGUGGUGUGGUUGUGGUUGCGGUGUGGUUUUGGUGUGGUUGUGGUGUGGUUGUGGUAUGGUUGUGGUGUGGUUGCGGUGUGGUUGUGGCGUGUUUGUGGUGUGGUUGUGGUGUGGUUGCGGUGUGGUUGUGGUGUGGUUGUGGUGUGGUUGUGGUGUGGUUGUGGUGUGGUUGCGGUGUGGUUGUGGUGUGUUUGUGGUAUGUUUGUGGUGUGGUUGUGGUGUGGUGUGGUUGUGGUGUGUUUGUGUUGUGGUUGCGGUGUGUUUGUGGUUGCGGUGUGCUUGUGGUUGUGGUGUGGUUGAGAUGUGGUUGUGGUGUGGUUGUGGUGUGGUUGUGGAGUGGUUGCGGUGUGGUUGUGGUGUGGUUCCGGUGUGGUUAUGUUGUGGUUGUGGUGUGGUUCCGGUGUGGUUAUGUUGUGGUUGUGGUGUGGUUGCGGUGUGUUUGUUGUGUGGUGGUGGUGUGGUUGUGGUGUGUUUGUGGUGUGGUUGUGGUGUGGUUGCGGUUGUGGUUGUUGUGUGGUUGCGGUGUGGUUGUGGCGUGGUUGUGGUAUGGUUGUGGUGUGGUUUUGGUGUGGUUGUUGUGUGGUUAUGGUGUGGUUGUGGUGUGGUUCCGGUGUGGUUAUGUUGUGGUUGUGGUGUGGUUGCGGUGUGGUUAUGGUGUGGUUGUGGUUGUUGUGUGGUUAUGGGGUGUUUGUGGUUGUUGUGUGGUUAUGGGGUGUUUGUGGUGUGUUUGUGGUUGUGGUGUGGUUAUGGUGUGGUUGUGUUGUGUUGUGGUUGCGGUGUGGUUAUGGUGUGGUUGUGGUUGUUGUGUGGUUAUGGGGUGUUUGUGGUUGUUGUGUGGUUAUGGGGUGUUUGUGGUGUGGUUGUGGUUGUGGUGUGGUUAUGGUGUGGUUGUGGUUGUUGUGUGGUUAUGGGGUGUUUGUGGUGUGGUUAUGGUGUGGUUGUGGUGUAGUUGUGGUGUGGUUGUGGUGUGGUUGUGGUGUGGUUGCGGUUGUGGUGUAGUUGUGGUGUGGUUGUGGUGUGGUUGCGGUGUGGUUGUGGUGUGGUUGCGGUGUGGUUGUGGUGUGGUUGCGGUUGUGGUGUGUUUGUGGUGUGGUUGUGGUGUGGUUGCGUUGUGGUUGUUGUGUGGUUGUGGUGUGUGUGGUUGUCGUGUGGUUGUUGUGUGA